GACACUUAAAGCAAUUCAGCCUAUUUUUGCACAACACUAAAAGGUCUGUGACCGUGAGGGGAGGUGAUUUCAAUUCCUGUUAAGUGCUGUAAAGCGACAUAAUAUAAAGCAUUGGAGUGAAGACACAAGCCUCUUUAGUCUUCAUGCAACCUUUGGAUUUGGCAUUUUCCAGAGAACUGUCGCACAAAGCUUUGGAUAUCUGGCAGAUGUUCAAAGAUGAAAGUAUCUGUUAGUGUUUCUUUGUUCCUGCUGUGCCUUGUCAGUCAAGUAAAAGUCACCAUUGAGUCAUGUCCACUUGCCACCGGGAACUUGCUUCGGACAGAGAUUGAGAAAACUCUCACUCUGACUUGUAUUAUUGAUGAAGGUAUUGACCCAUCCAACCAAAAUGAAUUGCAGUGGUUCCGCAACGGUGUCCAGGUGAACUUGGCAGAAGAAAACCGCCGGUCCCAAAGUAGUCUGUGCAUACAGCCUGUCACUAAAGAGGACAAUGGAGCUGUCUUUAUCUGUCAGCUGAAGGCUGAUGCAAGCGUAAACAGCUCCAUCGAGUUUGACGUCCAGUAUCCCCCAGACCUUAAUGACACUAAGGAAGUAUUUGUUGAAGAAACAAGUGAUGUUGUUCUGUCCUGUGAUGUCCAUGCCAACCCACCUGUAACUGUGGCUUGGAAAAAGGAUGGUGAAGUUCUGGAUCUGACCUCUGGCAGUUACAAAACAACUAAUAAUGGCAUUAAUGCUCGGUUAUCAAUCACAAAAGCUAAGCGCAAUGUACAUCAAGGAACGUACACAUGUGAAGUUAAUUCAUCUCUCUAUGGAAUUAUGGGCAGGACCUUUACUGUUAUGGUUCAAGAUAAAGUGCUAAGGUUCCCUGUAGGACCCACAAUUGCUGGAGUGGUGGUGGUUGUAUGUACAAUUGUAUUCGCACUCAUUUCUAGAAGGAAUACAAUUAUUAAGUGCAUUAAACCAAACUGAACAUCUCCACAUGGAAUUGGAAUUCUCAAGAAUUCAAACCGCAGCUAUUUGAGAUGUUAAUCAUGGAGAAGAUCAGA